AUGCGCGCCCCGAUGGCGCAGGCUGCCGCCGCCUCGCUUCUCAAGAAUGGACCGGAAAAUCCGUUCGCCGCAUACGGCUACCGGCGGCGGGCCCUCUCUGCACCUCCAGACGAUGCUGCCGCGCUCGAGCAGCCCACCCCACGCCGAUGA